UAUGGAUCGCCCAAGAGAUGGAAUUAUUAAACUAUUAGAUAUGGAUAAAAAAGUUUUAGCGGAAUAUUGCGACAAGGAAUUGUACGAACAAGAAUAUAAUAUUAACAUUUGUCCGGAAAAAGGGAAAAUUUCAGAUCUAAAAAAUGUACUAGUAACUAAAAUAGACAAAAAAAACGUAGACAAUAUAAUGGAAAUUACAGAAGGUAUUACGAAAAAAACUCAACCUUCCAUUGAAGCUAUUUUAACCAUUUCUAAUAUCACUUACGCUAUCAAUAACACUGGUACUACGUCUAAAAGUGUCCUUGAAAAAACAAUUGCUUUAACUGAUGGAAUGAACGAAUGGAUAAAUUUUAUAGUAGAGGAAGAUGAUGACUACGAUGAUUAUUAUGAUGAUUACACCGACAAUAUUGAAGAAGAUCCUAACGAUGAAUUAUACGAUGCUACCUAUCAGAUGAUAGACGUAGUUGAUAAUCUAUUAUCAAGAGUUGAUUACGUUGGAAAUUAUUUAAGUAUAACAAAAUCUGGAAUUACAGCAAUAAGCGCUCGACCAAAUAAAGAUAUUAACUCUAUAAAUCUUGUAUAUGAAAAAUCGAAAAAGAUUAGUAAGAAAACUGAAAAAAAAUUAUCAAUUUUAGCAUUAACUGAAAAGAAUCUAUUAAAAAGUCAUAAGCUUUUUCCCGUUGUCAGCAAUAUUUUAAAGAUAAGUUUGUCUAAAUUAAAAAAUUCAAAUCUAAACGAUACUGUUGAUAUUGCGGAAACUGAAGUCCACAUUGAAAUCGAUAAAGAUAAAAUGGAUGAAAUAGUAAAAAAUGAUAAGAAAACUAAGGAAAACGGAAGAAAAAUAUUUACAUGUGCAGAAUAUAAUAGCAAUAAGAAAAGAUGGAAAAAAUUACAAACUAAAAUAUUACCAAAUGGAAAAGUUAAAUGUAUAACAAACCGUUAUGCUCAUUACGCCAUUUUAAUGGAUUUACAAUUUUCAUCAAAAGGAGAUUUAGCAAUGUCUAUUAUAACGAAUAUUGGUUUAAUCUUAUCAAUUCCUUGCUUAUUAUUUACAAUUUUAAGUUAUUUAUAUAUUAGAGAAGGAAGAAAGACUACUGUACAACAUUCAUCGUUCAAUCUCGGACUAUCUAUAUUGCUUUCUAACAUCGCUUUUCUUGCUGGUAUUCCCUUGAUAAUUGUUACUUUAGCAAUAUCAAUUGGAAGUUCAUUACUAUCGAAAUUUGAAAUGUAUAAUGAAAACUUCUGCUGGAUUAAAAGUUACAUCUUUUAUGGAGGAUUUCUACCCGCAGUUAUACUUAUGGUUCUCAUAAACUAUAUUAUUAUGUUUCGAAUUUUACCUUUUGUCUUAAAGAAGAUAAAAGAAAAUUCAACAUUGAAAGAAAACCAAAAACGAACAAAACAAUUUAUCGUAUUCUUGGGAUUUGCAACAAUGAUGGGAUUAGGCUGGAUUUUUGGAUUAGGUUUGUUUUCUGUCUAUUAUAUUUAUGGAGAGAGCAUGAAGUUAGACAUCGAUGGAGCAAGAUAUGUUGUUCUUAUAAAUUAG